CACACUUUCUUUUCUGUGACCGUCAGCAGCGCGCUUUGAAGACAUUGUGGAGCUGUGGCAAUUGCUUGUCAGUUACGUCGAUUCUGCGCAGCAAACCAUCAAUUGGACACCUGUAUCGGCUUUCCACCUCAAUAAUCGGGCCUCCUGAAGGGUCGGCGAGCGCGACACCGACGACCUGUAUUCGUUGUUAGUGGAUAUUCGGAAAACUUCUCGUGUUUUCUUCGUGUUCCACAUAACACGGAGUUGUUGAAGAUUGUGGGUUCGCGUUUCGGUGCUUUUUGCUUUGUGGGGUUCCGCGAUAUUGGAUCCCUCGAGUAGCGGUGUGUGUAGGGGAUUUGAGUGUUGGAGGGAGUUUUUGCGUAGUAGAGUUAGUGGGUUUAUUGAAUUUUCUGAAAAUGGGGGCUACCUCGGGAGAAUCGACCCAGCCUCUCGUCGGAGGCGAGCAGCAAUCAUACGGGACCGUUGAGCAUCACGGGUACCCCGUCGUUCGGUCUGAGCCGCCGCCCUCCAUCGAUUAUUAUGGAAAUUACAUUCAGGGCCCAGUGCCGACGGACACUGACUGGACGACAGGAUUGUGCGGAUGCUUGGAAGAUGUCCCCAAUUGCGUGUUCACUAUGUUCUGCCCUUGCCUUGCGUUUGGGCGAGUCGCAGAGCAUCUAGACGAAGGGAAUACCUCGUGUAUUACGGCAGCGGUUGUCUGGUACGUGAUUCAGCAGUUAACGUCCUUUGGCUGUGUGUACUCGUACUCGUACCGCAAAAAGCUGAGGCACAAGUAUAAUUUGCCCAGCCGGCCGUUGCCAGAUUGGUUCAUUCACUACUUCUGCUGGUUCUGCGCCAUCUGCCAGGAGACUCGAGAGAUCAAGAAUAGAGAGGUUGUCAAUAGGUCUUACGCUGGUGGCGUGAUGCUGCCUCCUCCUGUUCAAUCAUUCUCGCGGUAAUGUUGCACACACACACACACACAUAUAUAUAUAUAUAUAUAUAUAUACAGAGAGAGAGAGAGAGAGAGAGAGAGAGAGAGAAGCAAGGAUUUCUGUAGCAUAUUUCGCAAUGGUACAUGAUGAAUGUUAAGUUGAUAAUGAAUUGAUAUUGACCUUGCAAGUCUAUCUUGUUGGACCGUA